CCGGUUACUACUGUGCAAGACUAUGAUGAUCGAUCAUACUGUCUCUCUCCAAAUUUUGAAAAAGAAAUGCUGAUCAUCAAUCAACGUAAUUCUCGGAGAUAUUAAUAGCAAAAAAUCUGUCAUUGAUUACCCAUCUUCUUCCAGAACCGCUGAAGAAACCUAAACGCCAUUAACACUUUGUGACUUCCUUGUCCAAUAGCAGAAUCUGUCGAAGAGUGGAAAUUCGUCCGCCGGAAAAUUACAAUUGUCAGCCAAAUUUGGAAUUAACAGCCAGAAUAAGAUGGAGUACGUUAAUGUCUUCCUCUACUAUGGUGGCAAAUGGGAUGAACUCAACAACUACAAUGAUUAUUCAGUUUCUGGAAUUCUGGUCCCAAUGGAAUGCACGUAUAGCAAACUUGUUGAGAUGAUAGUGGAAGAGUUGAAUUGGGAUCCAACAAAAGAUGCAGUUUCACUACAAUAUCAAGUUAACAAAAACAUGCCUCCCAUUAAGAUUUACAACGACCACUCUAUCUCAUUUUAUUUAGAGCUCAAGAAAAAGGACCAAGACGUCACAAAGUAUCCAUUAUGCGUUGAUGUUGGACCAGUAUCACAAGAUAUGGAGCACAUUAGUGUUCUGGUCUACUAUGGUGGCAAAUGGGAUCGAUUCAACAACUACAGUGAUUAUUCAGCUACUGGAAUUCUGUUUCCAAGGGAAUGCACAUACAUCAAAUUUGUUGAGAUGAUAGUGAGAGAUAAAUUGGGGCACAACAAGAGAUGCAAUAAAAAUACAGUAUCAAGUUAACAAAAGCAUGCCUCUCAUGAGGAUUUCCAACAACAACUCCGUCUCAUUUUAUUUAGAACUCAAGAAAAAGGACCGAGAUGUCAGAAAGUUUCCAUUAUGCGUUGACGUAUCACAUGGUAAUGGAACCGAAACAUUUCAAGACACGUCACUUUCGCAAGAUGCCUCUGUUGAACGAGGUAAUAAGAUGCAGCUUCAGUGUUGCGGGAGAAAUUGUUCAGAGACUUCAUCACCUCAAAGGCUACCAACAAUUGAGGAUGUUGAUUCUGAAUGUUCAGUGUAACAGAACUGAAACAUUACAAGACAUAUCACUUUCGCAAGAUGCUUUUGUUAAAGGAGGUAAUAUAAUGCAGCUACAGCGUCGUAAAAGACUUUGUUUGGAGAUUUCAUCACCUAUAAGGCCACUAACGAUUGAGGAGAUGGCUGCCGAGAUUUGUGAUAGCAUACCGGAACCUGAAGAAAUGAAUGACGAGACAGAAACUAAUGUGAUUUCACAUCCUACUAUUGACGGGAUUGCAAAAAAUCGAAUUUACCAAACUAAGGAAUUGUUAAAGACAAGUAUUGCCUUGUAUGCAAUACAGAACCGAUUUCAAUUCAAGGUGUAUCGGUCUGACAGGAAGGAGUAUGUGCUGAAAUGUCUUGAUGAUAAAUGCACCUGGUCUUUUAGAGCUUCGAGAAUCGGAGAAAUGGACAAGUUCAAAAUAAGAUACAUGAAAAAUAGUCACACGUGCAAGUUGGAUGUCGUGUUGAGACAUCAUCGCCAAGCAACAAGUUCGUUUGUGGCUAGUUGCAUCAAGUACAACUAUCUCUCCCCAAAGACCAUAUACACUCCCGGAGACAUUAUGAAAGAUAUGAUGAAUACAUAUGGAGUGUGGAUGAGUUAUGAGAAAGCUUGGAGGGCUCGAGAGCAGGCAUUGCUUAAGAACAGGGCAGUGUUAGCUCCAACGCCAAAGAGAAGACCCGGAAGGCCUAAGGGAAAAGGAAUACCAUCAGCAGAAGGGAAAGAGCAAAUUACAAGGUGUGGACGAUGCGGGGAAUUUGGCCACAAUCGAAGAAGCUGCAAAACUUCUUCGCCAAUAAAAUCAAAGUCAGACAGGAAAAGAAAGUCACCAGAUUCUCUGACGUGGGAGGACAAUCAAGAGAAAAACUGCAGUGAUCGAAAUUGCUCUGGAGUUGAUGAGACAGAGCAGAUAUUGUAGUGUAUUUGCUUUUACGUACUUGGUGAAUUAAAGCGACAAAAUAAACACUUAAGAGUACGUUUAAUUGUCAAUAUUUUUUAUGAAAAAUGUCAUUUUCCAUCCAAAAUCCUACCUUUGUGAUGUUUGAUUGAUAUUC